AUGGACGACGGCGAGGAUCAAUAUGAUGGCAAAUUCCGGAGCAAGAAGGGGCCCAAUAAGGAAAUCCCUGACACACAAAGUCAUUCUGGUGCAUUCGGCCUCUCAGGCGACAUCGCCUGUCCCUUAACUCCAUGCUUGCGUCGUAUGAGUACGAUUCCAAGAAUGGUCAAGCAGAUCACGGUAAGUCCCCCAAUGGCUCCUCCCACUAUAGGUCCAAGGUUCAUUGGCUCUUGGUUGGAAGAAGUAGGGAUUGGGCCUGAUGUCGACGAGGAAUUUAUAACAGAGCUGGAGCGCGAUGCAGGUACGGAAAAUGUUUCUACGACUGUGGCUUUCGGUUGCGAAGCCGAGCUGGUCAAAGAGCUGCUGGGUACAGAGGUGGGACUCGAUGGUGUUGUUGUUGCCUCUGCGGCGUUUGGAACCGGGAGAAGUGUAUCGGUUCGAGUUUCUGCUCCACAAGCAAUGUACUCGUAG